CGAAAAUAUUUAUAAAUUUGUUAAAAUAGAACUUUUAAAAGCCUUCAGGAAUGACGUUUGGAAGGAAUCAGAAUCUACGUACAGAAACAUGGUUGAUUCCACAACAGCGUACAUUGGACAUCCAGACAUUCUUAUAAAUAGAUCUUUUCUUGAACUUUUGUACAGUAACUUAACACUGGGAAAUGAGAGUUACUUUGACAAAGAAAUGAAAGUGCGCAAGUGGUCAGCUGAUUAUUCCUUCCUUCGUCUUCAAAGACCCGAAUUUAGUGAAACUUGGCUGGAGCACGCAAACAUUACAUCUGUAAAGUACUUUUAUAACCAUAAGAAAUCUACCUUUGAUUUUCCUGUAGCAUUAUUACAAAAGCCUUUCUUCAAUAAAGAUAGGCCAAACUACCUGAAUUUUGGAACUAUUGGUUUUUUGAUUGGUCAAGAACUUACACGUGGUCUCAUUGAUAAAGGUCUCCAUUACAAAAAUGGUAAAACGAACUUAUGGUUGAACCCAAAUGUAAACUGCGCUUUUGAACCGACAGCAAAGUGUUUAAUAAAACAGUACAGCAAUUACACUGGCUACAUUAGUAGUUCUACUGGAUAUUCUUUAAAGAUAAAUGGCACUGGUACACUACCACAAAAUGUAGCAGACAAUGGAGGUCUCAUUGUAGCUUAUAAGGCUUAUCAGUCAUGGUUAACUCGCAAUAGAGAACCGCAAAUUUUACCAGGUGUAAAUUAUACGCCAAACCAAUUAUUCUGGAUCAGUGCAGCAAAUAUGCUAUGUCAGAAGCAAACAGACACAUAUCUCGAAAACCAAGUUCUUACAGGAUCGAAAACUCCAUCAAAAAUUCGAGUGAAUGGAGCAGUGGCUAAUCUACGAGAGUUUGCCAACGAUUUUAACUGCGCGGCUUCAGAAAUGGAUGCAACGAAUAUGUGUCGGGUUUGGUAGAUUAGAAAAACGAAUAUAAUUCUAAUCCAAGUGGUAAAAUGAUAUAAUUGAUGGAAGUAUCAUUAUCAUAUCUAUUUGCAUUAUUAGUGCAAGUGUGGUUCAGAUACCACAUUUAAACCAUUUAAACAAUUCAACAAUUGUAAGAAAUUUAUUAUCUUUAAAUAAAUUAUUUAACCCUC